AUGCCAGACCGUUGCCAGGGCCUACAUGUACAAGCCAACUCCGCGGCCUCCAGGACCAACAUGCCCUCCAAGGAAUACGGUUUCGUGAACCACGCUCUGGAACUCCUGGUGGUCAAGAACUUCGGAGAGGAGAAAUGGGAGGAAAUCAAAAGAGAAGCUGGAGUCGACAUUGACGGCCAAUUCCUUGUCCGGCAAAUAUACGGGGAUGACAAGACAUACGACUUGGUGGGGGCGGCAACCAAGAUCUUACAGAUCGAUGCCAACUCGAUCCUGGAGCUGUUUGGAGCGCUGUUCUUUGAGUUCUGUCAGGAAUCGGGUUACGACAAGAUCCUAGCUGUGUUGGGGGCAAACAUUAGAGAUUUCCUACAGAACCUAGACGCCCUGCAUGACCACCUGGGUACCAUCUACCCCGGCAUGCGGGCCCCGUCAUUCCGGUGUACAACCCAGGAGGACGGCACCCUGAUUCUCCACUACUACUCCGAACGGGAGGGGCUGGAACACAUCGUCAUCGGCAUCGUCAAAACUGUGGCCAAGAAACUACACAAUGCUGAGGUGGAUGUUCAGAUCAUCCAGAGAAAAAGCGAGGAGUCUGACCACGUCAAGUUCGCCAUCUUGGAAAAGGAGGAUGUCAGACGAUGUUCUGCCAAUGACCUCGACAUCUUCGACGUGGGACUUUCGCGGGAACCAAAGAUCAGCCCCGCGACGUUCUGCCGAGCGUUCCCCUUCCACGUCAUGUUCGACCGUAACCUGGUCAUACAGCAGGCAGGGACAUCAAUCAGCCGAGUUAUUCCUCAGAUCUGCCUCCAAGAGUGUAAGGUGUGUGACCUGUUCGACAUGGUCCGGCCGCACAUCAAGUUUGCCUUCAACUCCAUCACGAGUCACAUCAACACGGUGUUCGUGCUGCGGACCAAGGAGGGCCUCAUCGACAUAUCGUCGGGCGUGUCCCGCGACAAGCUGAUCGGGAACGAGUCUUCUCGCAUGCGGCUGAAGGGACAGAUGAUCUACGUAGAGGAGUCUGAUUGGAUGCUGUUUCUCUGCUCCCCAAGUGUGAUGAACCUGGAUGACCUGAACCGGCGUGGCCUGUACCUGUCGGACAUCCCGCUGCACGACGCGACUCGGGACCUGGUGCUUCUCUCGGAGCAGUUUGAGGCAGAGUACAAGCUGACACAGAAGCUGGAGAUCCUGACAGACAAGCUGCAGCAGACAUACCGGGAACUGGAGGAUGAAAAGAAGAAGACUGACAGACUGCUGUACUCCAUCCUGCCCAUCUCCGUGGCGACAGAGCUCCGUCACCACCGCCCUGUCCCCGCCCGGCGCUUCGACAACGUCACGCUGCUCUUCAGCGGCAUCGUCGGCUUCAACUGCUUCUGCAAGCGGAACGCCUCCGCAACCGGCGCCAUGAAGAUCGUCAAGCUGCUCAACGACAUCUACACGCGCUUCGACGACCUCACCGACCCCAAGAAGAACCCGAGCGUUUACAAGGUUGAGACAGUAGGAGAUAAGUACAUGGCUGUGAGCGGGUUACCGGAGCCGUGUGUUGACCACGCCCGCUGUAUCGCCCGUCUGGCGCUGGACAUGAUGGACAUCAGUCACCAGUGUAAACAGGAGGACAUGGAGGGAGUACAGAUCACCAUCGGUAUCCACAGCGGGGAGGUGGUUGCUGGGGUCAUAGGUCAGCGCAUGCCGCGGUACUGUUUGUUCGGGAACACGGUCAACCUGACCAGCCGGACUGAGACCACGGGGGUCAAGGGGCACAUCAACGUGUCCGAGUACGCUUACAGAGCUCUGAUGCAGCCAGAAUGCCAUGACCCUGCUUUCCGGUUCGACUAUCGGGGACCGGUGCAGAUGAAGGGUAAGAAGGAGCCCAUGGAGUGCUGGCUACUCGCGAGGAGGUCUCGUGAGACUGUCGUGUGAACUGCCGAG